CCAAUAAUCAUCCAACAAAAGAGACUCCACUCCCACCAAAAUUCUCGACGUUUCAAUAAAAAUCUCCACCAAGAUCAAACCUAAUCUGAUCUAAAGAAUGUGAUUAUGUUUCAUCAUCGUGAAGAAAAAAGUGAUUCGACAAUUAAUCAAUUAAUUAGUGAUUGCAAUUAAGGAUUGUUGCCUACAAUCCAUUCAGGAAUUUAGUGCAAAUUCCGAAGUUAUAACAGGUUACUCAAGUGAAAAAAGUGAAAUGAUCAUUGAUCAAAAUUGAUCAUUGAGUGAAAUUUGUUUUCUCUUUUUUUUUCAUUGUGCUAACUAUUGUGUGUUCAACAGUUUCAGUGAACUCAUAGUGAAUACGAAAUCAGUCAAAUAUGGGCUCCCUUCAGCAGCAGUCAGUGCUUAAGGGAUACUGCACUUCUCCCAAUGAAGAAAGACGCCUGAUUCACAAAAUUCUCAGCGAAACUUCAACAAAGUAUCCGAAAAGUACAGCAAUUCUCUUUGAAGAUGAGAAUGGACAGGAAAUUUCUAUAUCCUACGAACAAUUGAAUAAGACAACUGACCAACUAGCUAAAACCAUUCGAAGAUAUUACAAACCUUCUAGUAAUUCCGAAAAUAUAAUUGCGGUUUGCAUGAAACCGACGGAACGUUUACCAAUUAUUCUGACUGCAAUUUUAAAAUCAGGAAUGGCUUACUUACCAUUGGACUCUGAAUUUCCAGUGGCAAGAAUCAAACAUAUUUUGCAAGAAUCCGAGCCGGCUAUGGUGAUAAUCGAAGAAGGAGUGGACAGAUCAAUUUACGAUGGAACAUUUCUCCUAAAUUAUGAGCAACUUUUGGCAGAAUCAUGCAAAGAAUGGGAGGAUCCUUUAAGACAUGAAGAAAGUCCAGAUCAACUAGCGAUUGUUUUGUACACUUCUGGUAGUACAGGAGUUCCAAAAGGAGUGAGAUUGCCACACACAACUUUAAUGAAUCGUCUGCAAUGGCAAUGGAGAGAAUUGCCGUAUCAACCUACUGAAGAACGUUGUGUUUUUAAAACAGCAUUAACUUUCGUCGACAGUGCCCCCGAAAUAUGGGGACCACUCUUACAGGGCCGAACAAUUGUUGUCGUCCCAAGAUUUCUUACAAAAGAUCCAGAAAAAUUGGUCCGUUUGCUCGAAAAACACAAGAUUCAACGCCUGGUUCUGGUACCGUCCUUACUUCAAUCAAUACUCAUGUAUUUAAGCCUUGAGAACCGAAAAGAAGCCCUUUCGUCUUUGAGAUUGUGGGUAUGUUCUGGCGAAACACUCCCAAUUUCCUUGGCUCAAGAAUUUUUUUCAAGAUUCGGUAAUAAUGAGAAAUUAUUAGCUAAUUUUUAUGGAAGCACAGAAGUCAUGGGAGAUGUUACGUUCCAUCUAAUAAGUGAAGAAACUCAGUUGUUGGGAAUAGACAAAGUUCCCAUAGGUGAGAAAAUCAAUUUUUACCCCCAAAAAUACUCAGUAGUUUUCCGAACGGGUGAUUAUGCUAGAAUUGACAGAGGCGUUGUUCAUUACGAGGGCCGCACGGAUGCGCAAAUAAAAAUCAGAGGACACAGGGUUGAUUUAUCAGAAGUUGAAAAGGCCUUCACUGCAGUACAUCUAGUUGAGAAAGCAGUUGUACUGUGUUACAAACCAGGCGAACUUUCACAGACUUUGGUAGCCUUUGUAACAGUAAAAGAUCAAAAUGUGACUGGUCAUCAGAUUGAGGCGUUUCUGAAAAAACUUCUAGCACCUUACAUGAUCCCUCAAGUUAUCAUUGUCGAUUCCAUACCACUUCUGACUAACGGAAAAACAGACAGACAAGCUCUAUUGAAAGAAUACGAAUUAUCCUCUUAUCAUGGUAACAAUGUAACUGUCGACUGUGAUUACGCUGGAGUCCCAGAAGAAGAAAUGUUCAAAGCCAAAGUUUUAUUUCCAACUGUGGCGUCAGUAAUUGGAAGAAGCAGUCGCUAUGCAGUUACCAUGGACUCUAAUUUCUAUCAGCUGGGCGGAAAUUCUUUGAAUUCAAUUUAUACAGUGACAAAACUCAGAGAUCAGGGAUACGAAAUCGGAAUCACUGAUUUCAUUAGAGCCAAAAAUAUGGCAGAAGUUUUAUCCAGAAUGGAACUCAGCUCUGACACAAAUUCAGAGGAGUUGCAUAACAACAAGAAUUAUUACUUAGAAAUGCUCAACGAUUCGCACAAAGAUGAUGUUGUAGAGAUGAUUACCGAAAGUUUCUAUUCGAAAGCAGAUUUGGAACAAUGGAUCCUCUCAGAUAUUUUAAGAAGCGACUAUAGUGAGCUAAUGCAAGAAAUCUGGGAGCCUUUGGUGGAGAAAAACUUCAGUUUUGUGAUUAAAUCGACAGAAGAUGACAGAAUACUCAGUGUGGCCCUCAAUUUCGAUGCAAGAGACGAGCCGGAAGUAGUAAUUGAAUCGAAACUUACCGUUAUUUUUGAAUUUUUGGAAUAUCUGGAGGGGCCAAUCAGGGAGACGAGAUUGCCAAAAGGACUGGGAAAAAUUUUCCACAGUUUUAUGAUGGCGACUCACAAAGAUCUUAGUGCUGGGGAAAAUGUCAUUUUAAUGAGAGAAAUGGAAGAACAGUGUCUAAACGUUGCGAGGCGAAAGGGAUUUGCUGGUAUAUUUACCACUAAUACUAGUCCACUUACACAGCAACUGGGUACGGACAUUUACAACUACAAAGUGCUUUUGGAUUAUCAAGUUAACCAAUACGUCGCAUCGGAUGGUUCUAAACCAUUUGGAGAAGCACCAGAUGAUCAGCGAGCGGUUUGUUCUUGGAAAGUAGUUUAAUUAUACUUACAGAUAAGAAAAUACAUAUAAUCUUUAAUUCUCGUCAUUUUAUUAAGAUUGGAAAAUUCUUUACUUUCAGAAAUUAAAUACAAAUCGAAAUUGUAUGCCAACCUUACAAGAUCAGCAAUUAACCUAUACUUAUACACACACACACACAUAUAUAUAUAUAUAUAUAUACAUAUAUAUUAUAAUCAGUAUUGUAAAUAUUUUUUGUAAAUAGAUAAUAGGUAAAUGUAAAACUUUGAUAAGAAUUUUAAAGACUAGGUUUAAUUCAUCUGCAAUCUUUAUUAUUAAUGUUAAUACCUUCUGAUAUCGGCCAUCUAGUUGCACAAGGUCGUAAGCCACACCAUUUUCCAAAAUUAGUCAAAGUAGGCAAGCGCCUUGUGCUUACAAGAAAGGAUUUCGUAGCCUUUUAGGACGCAAAUAAGUCGGUCACAUCUCCCCCUCCCAUGUUGCCCCUCCACUACUCGCCCUACAUUCAUAUACUUCCACUCCCCAGCCCUAAUUUCCCUCCCAAA